AUGCAUUCCUCUUUCAGUAAGAAACUAGAUGUUCCCUUUGCAUCUCAAAUUCCUCAUAGAUUAGUUCCCGGAUCCAGAGUAUGGAUUCGAGGAGCCAUGCUUAACGAUGCUGAGAGGUUCACCAUUGACUUUCAAUGUGGUCCUGUUGCGGAAAAGGAUGAUGGUGCAUUUCACAUGAGUAUGCGUCCUGGAGAGGGAAUUGUGCGAAAUACCUUUGAGAAUGAUGAAUGGGGUCGCGAAGAGCGAACUUCCAGUUUUCCGUUUGUAGCAGGUCGGCCUUACGAUAUUGAAAUAGAAGUUCACAGCAAAAAGUUUAGUGUUCGCAUAAACGGGGAGCACUUUUUCGACUUCACUCAUCGGAUUCCUAUGGAGAGGAUUUCAUAUAUUCUUAUUGCUGGAAACACGACCCUCCAUUAUGUCGGAUACUAA